GUGGCCUGGGCUGUGCAGAGGGAGGGCAUUGGCUGGCGGGGAUGACUUGUGCCUGCAGCGGCACUCAGUGCAGAAAGCCAGGUGCUGGGGGUGAGGGGCGGGGGGAAAGGCAGUCCGAUGGCUCUGCGCAGCUUGGGGAGGUGGCCCCGGGAAUGCACACAACGGGCCAGGCAUGCGGCUGGCUAGUCAGCGCUUGUGCGGGUGCACACAGUUGGGGGGAAUCUGAGCAGCGGAGGAGCUUGGGUCCAGCCAGGGCUCCAGCUAUUACCUGACUGAGAGCUGGGACAGAGACAGGGCUGUGAGUAUCAAGCUGACUGUCAGGAAAGAGAUGGUGCCAUUGCCCCUUGUGUCUAGAUGAGACAUUGGGCCCACGUGGUGGAUGGAACAGUUGUACUCAGAAGGUUUAACAUGCCCAAGAGUGAGGUGCAUGGCUCCUGCUAGGACAGGAAGGGUGCCAGACUCAGGUGUUGGAACCUAGUGGCAUUAAAGUGACUUGUGCACUCAUCACAGGACUUUGCUGGAUACAGCUAUGUGGUCAAGUGGAUCACUGCCCCUUUAUGUAUCCCAGCUCUACUUCACCAGUUUGUACUGUCUAUAUUCCCCACCCCUUUGUCUAUAUUCAUGUUUGCCUUUUUCCUUCUUUUGUUGGAUCUCAGUGGAAAUCAGUGGAAGCUACAAACAGAAGCAAGAUUGCAGAAUAAUAGCUGAGGUGGAGUGUAAAUGCCUAUGUGGAGAUACAUUUUGUCCUUGAUACGAAAGGCCCUUAUCUUAUGAUUCAGAAAUCUACGGCCAUAAUUCUAGCCCAAUCUAAUCUUUGGGUCUGAUUCACCAGUCAUUAGAGUGCUGUGAUGCAGGGUUAUACUUUUUUUUAAUAGUUCAUCUGAAAUUUUUAAAAAGCUUUUACUCUAGAGUUGGAACAGGACAUUAAAUAGCGUGAUGUCUGUGCCCCUCUUCUGGGCUCUAAGGACUAGAGAAAGCAGACUUCGACUGGAUACUGCAGAAAGGAUACUGGCCCCUUGUCAGCAGCAUCAUGUGGUAUCCCACGCACCACAGUGAGAGGCUGAGGUGAACUGCGGAGGAAGUGGCGGCCCUGGCAACAGCCAGGAUGACCAGAGCACGGCUGUUCCGCCUCUCGGUGGUGCUGGGUUCCGUCUUCAUGAUCCUGCUAAUCAUCGUGUACUGGGACAACGUGGGGACGGCUCAUUUCUACCUGCACACGUCCUUCUCCAGGCCCCAUGCCCCUGGCACGCUUCCCACUGCCACUCAGGACGAAGACGUGUCGGACGUGGAUGAGUUCUUGGAGAAGCUGCUAAGCUCCGGCCUGAGGCAGACUGGUCCCUUGCACAGGAAGACGGAGCAGGCCCCGUUGCAGGGCUCCAGCAAGCCUGUCUUGGGCAACCUGGAGGAGAAUGUGAGAGGCUACGACUGGUCCACCCGUGUUGCCAGAGUGAGCCUGGAUCAGGAGAAACUCCAGGCUGAGCGGCGGAAGACGCUGCAGGAGUUCUGUGCCAAUUCCAGCUUUGCCUUCCCUACUAAGGAGCGUUCCUUCGACGAUAUCCCCAACUACGAGCUGAACCACCUGAUUGUGGACGACCGCCACGGCAUCAUCUACUGCUAUGUCCCCAAGGUGGCCUGCACCAACUGGAAGCGGGUGAUGAUCGUGCUGAGCGAGAGCCUGCUGGAUCAGGGCAUCCCGUACCGGCAACCCCUAGACAUUCCCCGAGAGCACGUCCACAACUCCAGCACCCACCUGACUUUCAACAAGUUCUGGCGUCGCUAUGGGAAGUUCUCCCGCCAUCUCAUGAAGAUCAAGCUGAAGAAAUACACCAAGUUCCUCUUUGUACGCGACCCCUUCGUGCGGCUCAUCUCUGCCUUCCGCAGCAAGUUCGAGCUGGAGAAUGAGGAGUUCUACCGGCGCUUUGCUAUCCCUAUGCUGAAGCUCUAUUCCAACCACACCAGCCUCCCCACCUCUGUUAGUGAGGCCUUCCGGGCCGGCCUCAAAGUUUCCUUUUCAGACUUCAUCCAGUACUUGCUGGACCCCCGGACAGAGAAGAUGGCCCCUUUCAACGAGCACUGGAGGCAGGUUUACCGCUUGUGCCACCCGUGCCAGAUAGACUAUGACUUUGUCGGGAAGCUGGAGACCCUCAACGAAGACGCGGCUCACCUGCUGCAGCUUCUCAAAGUGGACAGGCUCCUCCGCUUCCCCCCCAGCUACCGGAACAGGACUGCCAGCAGCUGGGAGGAGGACUGGUUUGCCAAGAUCCCUCUGGCCUGGAGGCAGCAGCUCUACAAACUUUACGAGGCUGAUUUUGUCCUCUUUGGCUACCCCAAGCCAGAAAAUCUCCUUAAAGACUAAACGCAAUUGGAAAUUGAGGUGGGGGGGGGUUACCAAAAAUAUUUAAAGCCUCACAGUAUCCUGCUCUUAAUCUCCCACCCCAGCAAGAUAAAAUUCAGUAUAUUUUUCUAUUCAGCCCCUUCCACAUUUGCAAGAAUCCAGGAUACUCCAUCCAGCUGUGCAUCACCUGAAGAGCUCCCUCUCCUCCCCUCCCCCGCCAUCAGAAAACUUCCUUGUUCACUCUGUCGGCUGUGUCCUUUGGUCGCUUUUUAUUAAUACUUUUUAAAAAUUAAUAUAUUUGAAAUAUUUAAUACAAA